AUGCCGGCGCUAAAACCAGCGCUAAGCAUUAUCCUCUCAUUGUACAACACCACCACCACCAUGUUCGGACGACCCCUCCUGGCACCAUGCCUCCGGCUAGCACUCCGCCCCCGCACCAUCCCUCCCACCUCAUCCAGACCCCUCCACACCCUCCCUCGUCGCCCUCUCAUCCGCCCCCACGCCCCCUUCCAACAACCCCGCCGCACCUUUGCCAAAGACUCCACCCGCACCGUCCUCGGCAACGCCCGCAUCCUCUACCACGCCCACCCCAUCCAAUUCACCCUCGCCAUCACCGUAAUCCUCUGCGGCGCCGGCACCUUGGUCUACAUCAACCACCUCUACCGCACCUACAUCAUCGGCGCCUACCACAACUUCCCAGAGCCCGUGGCGAAGAAGCUCCGGCGGGCGAUCUACUUCACCAAAACGGAUCUACAGCCGAAUGAAGCGGUCAAGUACUAUCGGCAGGCUCUGCAGGUCGCGGAGGAAGUCGGGAUGGAUCCGAUGGGGGACGAGGUGAUGGGGGUGAAGAUUGAGGUUGCGGGGUUGAUGGAGCGGAUCGGGAACUGGGAGAAGGCGAUUGAGGUGCUGGAGCGGAUGAGGGGGGAUAAUCUGAAGUUUCUGGAGUUGUAUGGGGAUAGGGAGGGGAUGGAGGUGAAGCGGACGAGGGUGUUGGGCAAGACGGUGGCGGUUUGUGUCAAGUUGGCGGAGCAUUAUUCUAACCCUGCGAUAUGGGAUCGGGCGAGGGCGGAGGAGCGGUUGGUGUGGGCUGUCGAGACGGUUUUUAGGGAGAAGCAACGGAGAGAUGCACUGGGGUUGAAGCCGGAGGAGCUGGAUGAGCAGGAAGGGCAGUGGAUGAGCGACGACGAGAUUGGGGCCGCGACGGAGGCACUGGCGGGAAAUUACGUGGAGAAGGGGCAGCAUUAUCUCGCUGUGCCGUUGUUCUUGCAGUGUUUGAACUUGAAGGGGGAGAAGGACUGUCAUUCGGUGACGUUGAUGUCGAAUCUGGCGUCGAGUCUUGCGCAGCAGUCUCCGAAGGCUGCGAGGGCUGCGCAGGCUUUCGCACAGAGUAGGAAUAUUCAGGAUCCUGAUGCGCCCUCCGGACCGAUGGCGACCAGGGAGUCGAUGGUGCAGAAUGCGCAGAUCUGGGCGCAAAAGGCGCUGAGUGCCGCGCGGGAGAUCAAGCCACCGCUUAGGACGGAGGAAUGUGAUGUUGGGUGUGUGGUUGCUACGCAUAAUCUGGGUGAGCUAGCGGAGAUGCUUGGGGACACGCAGGGAGCGAUGAAGAAGUAUCAGGAGGCUGUCGGCCUGGCGAGGGCGGUGGGUUUUCAGGAGGGGGUGGAGACUAGUUCGGAAAGGUUGAGGGAAUUGAAGAGUACAGGAGGCUGA